CAGUUUCAAGUUCAAGUCAAGCAGCUUCAGCCUAACCUGUAGACAUAGAUGGUUGCAUGGUUGCAAUUGAGUAUUGAGUUUUGAGUUGUAGUUGUGUGCAAUUUACUUAUUGAUGCUUUGUGGAUGUUAAUGUUAUUGAGAGAGAUCUAUAAAAAUGGUGCCAGACCCGCAAAGCCUCCGAGAUCACAUGGAAAACCCAGUUAGAGAUUCUGCCAUUCAUUUUGGAGCGUAUCUUCAGCUACUAGAUGCCUUAGGAAGACAUCCAGUGGACAGCAACGUGGGGGUCAUCUCUACGAGUCAGUUACUUGACAUAUUCACUAACCAGUACCAACCUCAGUUCCACACGAGUCUUGUACGACCCAACCUAUUGAAUACUUUGAUACAGUACCAGGUCGUGCGUAAAAGAAACAAGAAUGAAAAAACCAACAAAACCGUCCGUGUUGUCAAGCACCCCCAUCCUAGCCAGGUGCAGCCACCAACCCUUGUUACCCGAGCACGGGUGUACGUCGACCAGACGGGAGUGUUUAGGGACAAGAUCCAGCGACCGGAGGUGGUCAAUCAGACAAAGUGUCGCCUCUGCGAUGUCUCCUUCAUCAACGAGCAGAGCAAGGAGCAGCACAUCGACGAUGACGAGCACAAGUUCCGACUUCUGUAUCGCGAGAAACGGUCAUCCUUCAAAUCAGCUGUAGGUGGCGCCUCAUUUUUCAUAGCUAAUAGAAACGUUGAUGACAAAGAAGUGAUCCUACGCCUCGGAGAGCAGUGCCAUCUCAACAUCAAUGUCUCGCUAGGAGGUCAAACUUACACAGAGGCUAAUAUCAUUAAAAUAUUCAAAAAUUUCAACCUGGGUGAAAUAAGUGUGACACCUCUCACGUUUUUAAAUAAUGUUCCUAUUGAGGUGAAUGUAUCUGCAAAGUUUGAGGAGCCUGGUGCCUAUCUGUACCCUCUAGUGGCCAAGGUCAUGUCUACCAACAGACUUUGCCUGCUCAAGGAUUUGAUUUUCCGUGUUGAGUCUGAGUUGAUGGACGAACUGGCCCCGACAGCUCCGUACAUCCAUCAAAAGGAGACCAUCAUUAGGGAAAUGGAAGGUCCUAUAUUACCUGCUGAGUAUAUAGAACAAAACAAGUUCAAACUUGUCAUCAAAGUGCCCCUUGGCUCGUUUGAAGUUCCACACUACUAUAACAAAUUCCUGAUACACAAGUUGGAAAGAUAUGACAACAUGAGUGAAAAAGAUGAAGAAAAUUUGAAAAGAAUGCUGUCACUACUGUGCGGGCCCUUGUCCUACAAGGAGGCUCUGAGUCAGGUUGCCCAGUCCAAGGCUCCGUUCAUCACUCCGCUUGAACCAGACACUUACUCUGACAGGUUUGCUCUGUUGGCACACCUGGAGGAGCUUCAAGAACAACGCCAGGUCAAGAACUACGAUCGGAUAGACCAAGUUUUGAAGCGUUGUAACACUUUAUUUUUCCUUGAGGUUCCAGACCUAUCAGAAGGAAGACCUUCUGUCAAAAAAGGAGACAAAGUUCAUGUUCAGUUCCAUCAUAACAACGAAUGGAUUUAUGAAGCUAUGAUUAUUGAAAUCAAAGCCGAGGGUCUGCUUCUUAGUCUGCAUCGCCAGUUUACAGAAGAAUAUAGAAAGGUGGAAAACAUGGGUAGGCGACCGAAAGUGGAUGUGCGUUUUACUGUGAACAGAUUUCCCUACAUGAACAUGCAUCGAGCUCUGUCACUCAUUCAAAAACACAAGGCUCUGAAGAUUGUCUUCCCAGAGAAGAAGAACGAGGGAGGUUACAUGCCUCCCACACGGACUCUUACUCUCAAACCUUGGAUAAAUCCUUUGAUUGGUACAAACCCUGAACAACAAAUUGCUGUCAGAAAUAUUGUACAGAAGUCGUCCGGAACUGCUCCCUACUUGGUUUUUGGUCCUCCAGGAACUGGGAAAACUGUCACUCUAGUGGAGGCCAUUACUCAGGUGUGGCAUGCAUCCCUGGGAAAGGCUGUACGUCAGUUGGUCUGUGCUCCGUCCAAUGCUGCGUGCAACAACAUUGCUUCCAGACUCAUCAGUGUGCUGCCUCGCACAGCCAAAAUCCUCAGGCUCUUCUCUAUGUCAUCUGAUGAUAUAAAUAUUCCUGAAGAUCUUAUUAACCAUUCCAACUACAACAAGGAGAAGGGCUACGUGACAAUGCCAACCAUUGGCAAGAUCCUGGAAAACCACAUUGUCAUUGUCACCAUUGUGUCUGCAGGCAGGAUAGUGACUGGGGGAGGUGGAGGAAACUUCCAGUACGUGUACAUAGAUGAGUGUGGACAAGCUUGUGAACCUGAGGCUCUGAUAGCCAUCGCAGGAGUGUUGACUACCAAGAGUUGUGCCAGCACGGGACAACUCGUGUUGGCUGGGGACCCUCAGCAGUUGGGGCCCAUCCUGUCCUCUCAGCCAGCCAAGGACUUUGGUCUAGGUAUGUCGCUGCUGGAACGUCUGAUGAAUCACAACUCACUAUACAAGCGCCAUGAGAGCUCGGGCUACGACACCAACUACCUGACUAAGCUGGUGCAGAACUUCCGUUCACAUCGGAGCAUCUUGCACAUUCCCAACAUGCUCUUCUACGACAACGAGCUCCAGGUGAAAGGCAACCCGGACAUCAUCAACAGUGCUGUAGGCUGGAGUGAACUCCCCAAUCCAGACUUCCCUCUCAUCUUCCACGGAGUUCAAGGUCAAGAUGAGCGUGAGAGCAACUCCCCGAGUUACUUCAACCGGCAAGAAAUCGAUGUGGUUUUGAUGUACAUUGAAAAACUAUUAAGGAAUGGGCUGCCAAAGAAAUACAAAGUAAAAGAAGAUGACAUUGGCAUAAUCACACCUUAUAGAAAACAGGUGCAAAAGUUCCGCAAGGCGUUGGACUUGAAGAGAUGGGAUAUCAGGGUCGGAUCAGUAGAGGAGUUCCAAGGCAGUGAGAAGCUGAUCAUCUUCAUCUCUACUGUACGAUCCACCAUGGAACUGGUCGACGAGGACUACUUCUUCAAACUGGGCUUUCUAAAAAAUCCCAAGAGGUUCAACGUAUCUGUGACCAGAGCCAAGGCUUUGCUGAUUGUUGUUGGCAACCCUAACAUCUUGCGACAUGAUAAGCAAUGGUACCACCUGCUGGAGUAUUGCCACAAUAACAGAGCGUACAAAGGCAUCCCCUUUGAAGAAUUAAGUCCCCCAGAACAUGAGCUAGUGCACAUCAGCAGCUAAGAGUCAGAACUUCCUUGUGGCACCCAAAGAAAAAAAAUGUUUUAGAGACAUGCAUGAACUUAUUUGCAUAAACCAAAUGUUUUUUUUUUUUUUGUAACCACCAUCUGUUAAUGCGUGUAAUUCAUUUGACGCUUGCUGUUUGUUUUAAGAUUUCCUUAUAAAACUUCUUCUCAUUUACAUAAGAUUCGUUGUUAAAUGACUUAGUAUAACUGAAUUUAUCACUUUACAUUUUUUUAAUGAUUUAAGUAAUUUUUUAUGUUGUGCAAACUUUAAAGAGGGUAGCACUCCAACUCCAACUAAGGAUUAAGAACAUACUUUAAGGCCAGGAUACUUUUCAGGACAUAUUCACCGUCUUAAACAGCUAAUACUAUACUUGGGAUAAAAGUAUUUUGUUCAUAAAAUAUUGUAAUUAAUUGUUAUUUAGUCUUUAUGUAUUUUUUAUGUUGUUCUGUUAAAAAUCUAAUUAUUACAUAAAAAUCAACAACUUUUAAGCCUUCCCAAGUAUGUUCGACAACAAAGAGAAUGGACUCUUCCUGUUUUGUUCAGGUUUUUUUCUGGAAAUGAAGAUAAUUGGCUUGUUAAACUGAAAACAGGUGAAAUCAGUAAACAUCCGUCAUUAUAAACAUGACCGUGAAUCGGUAUUUACUAAAUGGUUACUUAGAGCUAAAAGUUGAGUCCAAUCUCUGGGUUAUUGUUAUUAUACAAUUUAAAAAAAAUUGAAUUACCUAAAGUAUCCUGUAUGGGGUAGCUAUAGCACUGUCUUAAGGCAAAUGGGGGAUGUUAUAUUAAAUAAACUUAUUAAAAAAGUAUAAACUGAUUGUGUUGGCGACUUAAAUACAAAUAAACAAGGACUAUUAAUAGUAUUUAGUACAUUGCCUUCUUAGUUAUAAAACUGUUUUUUAUUAAAAUAGCCUUGGUAAUUAAGUGCAAUAGUCUUGGCAAUUUUUUGUAUUCAAAGCAUUUUGACUGUUAAGACCCAUUGAACGGAAAGUAAUUAUAGCCCUUAAGUAUCUAAGAAUAUUUAAUAUUCCUAAGCAUUUUGUUGAGAUAAGACUGAUUUUAUGUACUUUAUAGAUUAUUUUUAUAUAAGGAGUAUUAGAAAUAAGGUGAGUAGGUAGCUCAGUCUGUAGCGCCAUACCUAGGGCAGCAAUGUCGUGGGUUCGAAUCCUGGUACCUGCCACUACUUUUAUCAGUAUCAGUACUAUUCACCCUUGCUUUGCUGGAUACGUUCCAUGUACAGGCCUGAUGCCUAUUUAGAUAGACAAAGGCAAAGUUAAAAAGAGGCUGCCAACCUCUUCUUUUUUAAAUGCAAAUUUUGAAUUGAGAAACCAAAGCUUUGCCUUAAUAUUCGGUUUCUGUUAUAUUAAUCCAUUACAGGUUUAUCAUUCUUAGCUGUAGACAAUUUUGUCAUGUGUUGUUUAUGUCUUCCAUUUAUUUCUUGUUAGUUUACACUUUGAACAUUUGCUGUGUACAAAAGCACAAUAUAUUUUGAGCUAAUACUUGUCCUAUGGGAUUUUAAUCAAUGAGUUAAGUAUAGUAGAAGUUAAGUAUAGGCGGACAUUUUAAAAUGUACACUGAAGAAGCAUUUACUUGAUAUAAACACACUCGAUCAUAAUUGUACAGCUUAAAAGACAGCUUGAAUGUUUGCUUAAGGAUUAUAAAUCAAUCACUAGCCACAGUCAACGGAGUAACUGGUUCACUGUAUUAUUAAUUUCAGUCUAAUAUUUGAAGAGUCUCAAAUGAAUGGAAACCAUUUCACAACCGGAACCUUUAUCAAAUCCAAAAACCUUCCAAUAUCCAUUAUCCAAUACAUUAUGAUGACUGAGGAGUAACAAAUCUUGUAUUUUUAUCUCACAACCGUCUUUAAACAUUCCAGAUCAAAGGCUAUUGACUUAAAAAAAAAACAUUGAAUAAUGAAUUAAUUUGAUUUAUAUUUCUUAUGUUGUAUAGUUUAAUAGAUCAAAUUCGUCCACCUAUUUGCCUUUUGCACCACCUGUUUUAGUGAUGUUGUUUUAUUUUAGUGUUAAAAUAUAUAUGUAAUGUUGUUAACAGUAAUGUUACGCUCCUUACACACUAUAUGGUUUUUGCCUUCCGGUUGAAAACGGUACAAUUUUACACCGUUUCUAGGUUUUUUCUCCUAUUCUGACCGUACAGCGAGUUAAAUGUGUUCACAACGUUACAAUAAACAUAAACAACGUCCAAUUUACAUGUCAGAUUAUAAACAAUAAACAUUACAAGAGCUGAUCUAUUUGCGCUGGCUGGUGGGCUCUUAUUGGGUUAAAAACCAAUGCAGUAUGAAAGCUUGUAUUUAACUACAUGCACCUGAUGCAUGGCCACAGCGUGACGACUGACUGGCCAGUGGCAAUGGACAGCUGCAAGUCGGCAAGGCCUUGCAAAGGAUUUUGCCUUCGCUGUAAUCGUGUAGUGUGAAAGUUCUCAUGCCCUUCUUUACAUUACUAAGAUAAACAUUACCCAUUCGGUUUUUAACCGUACGCCAUAUCAUGUGAAAGGAGCGUUAUACUUUGUUAUAUGUUAAGUUUUACUAAGUUAAAUGUCAGAGUGGUUGAUUUUAAAUAGAUUUUCUAUACUUACGUAUUAUAAUUUAUCCAAAAAAACUAAUUGUAAUUUAUAAAGUGUUAAGCUGUGGGGUCAAAUUUUAUUUCUUGCUGCAAUAAAUGUCAAUCGUGAGCUGUUAUGCCUUUGAUAUACAAAUUUCUAAUUUUAAUAGCCUUUUAAAAAUAAGAAGUAAUACAUGGUAUAUAUUUUUGCUAUUCAUGGUAAAUAAAAUCGUACAAAAAUGAUGAGUUGAGAUUUUCUUGCAAAAUUUACAAUAAUAAUUAAUUAAUUAUUACCAAGUCAUGAUCUUCCAGUAACUGAUUGUCAAUUUGCUCAACAAUGUGCCUUUUGUUAUGGACCAACGCUAUGCAUUCACUCUAAACCAACACUACGGUCAAAACUUGGUUUAGUCCUGGUCCUCCAACCUAACCACGCCAAAGACUUGGGCCAACAAUUAAAGACUACUGGGACUCUCAGUGAAAGUUUUAUUCUUAUUCUUUCUAUUUGUUAAAUGGGUUUAGAUGGCUAUGGGUUAGUGCCGGAUUUAGGUCACUUGUGGGCAGGGGCCAAAUUAACCUGAGUGGCCUUGCCCUAUAAGUGGAACUUGCUCAUGAUUGCGGCAAAAUGGUGAACGUAUUCCAUGAUCACAGGGCAGCAGCAUUGACAUCCUCAAUCUCAGCAUUUGAAAAAAAAUCAAUUUUCGUUCUAAAAGAUUGUUUUGUACGAUACCGCUGCAGUCCCCUUUUGCAUGCGGCGCUAGGCCAUGUGGUAAAUCUGGCACUGCUAUAGGGUUACCUUAUUUGAUUUAUUUACUAGGUUGAAUAAAUUAUUACUGUUUAUCAACAAUUCUACUUUUAAGUCAUAAUCAUUUUAUGUAGGCUAGGCAUUUUUGUUUUAUAUAUUGUUUAAGUUAUAUUUACUCUCAUGUUUAUCUGGUCCUUGUUAAUGAAUUUUAAUCAGUUUAUGAAUGUUCAUUUAUUUAGUGUUAAGAUGUUUUGCAAUACGCUUGAUCAUGUAUUAAUAUUAAUAAAGAUUUUUU